ACAUUGCGGCCACGGCGCGUGCAGAUUGGUGCGCGCUCCACAAUGUCCCGGAUGCUGCUCGCACCGGAAGAGAAGAGGCAGCUCUCCCAGCCAUCUUGUGGCCGCAUCCUGCGAAUUGUUCGCAUCAAGCCUCGUAGAAUCGGAGGUGAAUCCCGCUGAAGGGGCGCCAUCAUGCCCGGACACCUGCAAGACGGCUUCGGCUGCGUCGUAACCAAUCGGUUCGACCAGCUAUUGGACGACGAGUCUGACCCGUUUGAGAUCCUGAAGGCUGCAGAAAACAAGAAGAAGGAGGCGGCCGCCGCUGGCUCCACUAAGACCGCGGCUCAAGCCGCCAAGCAGCCGAAGAAGGAGUCGCAGAAGGACAGGAAGAACCCGCUGCUGGACAAGAAGGAGGACCCGCAGCCUCCAGUCCCCCUUAAGAAAGAAGGUAUCAGGCGGGUGGGCCGGAGAGCAGACCAACAGGGCCAGCCUGGCAGCCAGCCCCCCAGCGGGCAGGGUGAAGGCCGACCCGGAGAGAAGAGACAGGACCGGAGACCCCCACGAGAGCGCCGCUUUGAGAAGCCCACCGAGGAGAAGGCUGAGGGGGGUGGCGAGUUCUCCGCAGACAAGCCUUCUGGAGACAGGCCCCCCAGAGGGCGUGGUGGUGGCCGGGGCGGGCGUGGUGGAAGAGGACGGGGCAUGGGCCGAGGAGACGGCUUCGACUCCCGCGGGAAACGCGACUUUGACAGACACAGCGGCACUGACAAAUCCAAUCUAAAAAGUGAGGAGAAGCGCAGCGGCAGUGGCUCACACAACUGGGGCAAUGUGAAGGAAGAAGUGAGUGAGGCUGAACAGACUCCAGCUCCUGAGACGACUCCAGAAGGAGAGGAAAAUGCACCUGCUGGCUCUGAAAACAAGGAGAAUGAGGUUGAAGAGGUGAAAAACGAAGGCCCCAAAGAAAUGACUCUGGACGAGUGGAAGGCCAUGCAGGACAAGGAGCGCACCAAGGUGGAGUUCAACAUCCGUAAGCCCAACGAGGGAGCCGACAGCCAGUGGAAGAAAGGAUACGUGCUGCACAAGUCCAAGAGUGAAGAUAGGCCUGUUGGUGCUUUGAUUGACGCUUCAGAAACAGAAGCAGACUCUCACACUCUGUAUCACAAGGGAACCUCCGAUGAGUCAAGCGAUCACCACUUCCGCAAACCAGCCAAUGACAUCACAUCUCAGUUGGAGAUCAACUUUGGAGACCUGGGUCGCCCCGGCCGCGGGCGUGGCGGAUCACGUGGGGGCAGGGGGGGCCGCGGAGCAGGAGGCAGCAGGACAGCACGUGGGGGAGGACGGUCCGAAAAGGCAAGCGGAGUGUCAGUCCCCAACGUGGAUGACCCUGAGGCCUUCCCAGCCCUGGCCUAGUGGCUCCUUUUCCAUCACCAGCCCACCCAUCAGCCCCUCCGGGCACCUCCUCUACGAGGCUUGCAUGCUUACCACAUCUUCAAGUAUAUAGGAAAACAGAAAAAAAAGAGAUUUAAUGACAACAAAGACUGUCAUCCCAUACCACUCUCACAACCAGAGGACUAAAUUUUAACCUGUUUUAAAGGAGAGCAAAAGACAACAAAGGCAGAAAAGGACCUCUUGUUACACUGAAGUUUUGUAUUUAGGAACAUGAAAACAGGGAUGUUUUCAUUCUUUCUUUUUUUUUUCCAGAGAUUAUGCAUACUUCAUCGACUUUUUUUGUGCUGCUUGAAUUUCUGCGAUUAGUUUGAAGUGUGUGCUGUAUCUUUUUUUUUUUUUUUUUUUUUUUUUUUUUUUUUUUUUUUUUUUGUAGCUCAGUAUUAUGAAGUCAUCUUAGACUUUAUUCUGGAGUUCUCUUCCCCAGUAAUACACACUGAUGUGGUAGCACUACACUACAUUAAAAUCUUAUAGUAGACAUUCGAAGUAUGGCUUAACAUGCAUCUUAAAGUGUAAUUAUGCUGACCCUGACUACCCAUAGUUUUUGUAAGGCGCAAAUUCAGGAUGGGUAAUCAGGAAAGCUUGAUAUUUUUCUGCUUGUUGUGCAGUGAAAAGUAAAUGCCUCUUCUCCCUCUUUUUUUUUUUUUUUUUUAAAUAGCUCGCCUUUUUGGGUGGACCAGUGGUUAGUGUUGAUUUGUAUCCCCUGAUCCAAAUGUGCUACCCAUGUUUUCAGGGUGUCCCAGGGUCCAAUGUUUAACUUUAGGCUGGUCCUCUUAGGUCAUAUGGACUGUACUACUUGUAAAUUCUGGACCACUGAAUCUAUAUGGUAUUUUUUGUUAAGGGUGUGUGUGUGUGUGUGUGUGUGUGUGUGCGUGUGAGUGUGAGCGUGAGCGUGCAGCAAUGUGAAGCCAAAUGUGUGAAUUUGACUGUUAGUUACUUAGAAUUUAAGUAUUUCUUUGAUAGGAACUUGCUAUCUGUGAACAACAGGUACCAAGUUCUCACCUGAAGUAGUUCUGUCUCCUGAGAAGUGAGUGUUAAAUCUAGGUGAGUGAUUGAUAUACCGUGAACAUAUCUUGCUUUUAGACUAUCUGUAAUGUCUUUCAGAUCUAAAGGCGCUUGGUUUUAUCAGCACCUGUCCGCUGAAGAUUGUUUUUCCUCCCCGUCUCCAUCUUUACCAUAUUUGUUUUAUUUUGUCAGCUCAGCAGCACCGAUGCAUAAUUUGUCUGAAAGAAAUAUGAGCUGUCAUGGUGGAACAAUCACACGCUACAGAAUGUAAUGUGAGCUAAUGCUUUUAGCCUCCUGUGUCACCAUUUCCAGUGAGCGUUUUCUUGAAACAAAAGCGGGUAUAUUUCACGUUGGGGUGGGAGGGUCAUGCAAAACAAGUGAAUUUGAAGCUUUACAUGCUGUGCUCUGCAAAGACUUGCUGGUGAUGCACUGAUACAGACGGCUGGGGCGGUUUUUGUAGGACUGUUUGAGCCACAUGACGGUGAAUCUUUCUCUGCAAACAUCCCUGUUCUAAUAAAUUGCUUUAGAGGUGUUACAUGUA